UGACCAAUCGCAGGCUGCGACGUGCUCCUUCUCGGCGUAUUUAGCCUUUGUGCCCGAAGGAAACGAGCUAUUGCAAGUGAGACUGCGCUCGUGAAUUGUGUGUUGUGCUGCCGCAAAGAGAUCAACCACCAUGCAGAUCUUCGUGAAGACGCUCACGGGAAAAACUAUUACGCUCGAAGUUGAGCCGAGUGACACCAUUGAAAAUGUCAAGGCGAAAAUUCAGGAUAAGGAGGGAAUUCCGCCUGACCAGCAGCGUCUGAUCUUCGCCGGCAAGCAGCUCGAGGACGGCCGCACGCUGUCCGAUUACAACAUUCAGAAGGAAAGCACCCUGCACCUUGUGCUGCGGCUUCGUGGAGGCAUGCAGAUCUUUGUGAAGACGCUGACUGGCAAGACGAUCACGCUGGAAGUUGAACCCAGCGACACCAUCGAGAACGUGAAGGCAAAGAUCCAAGACAAGGAGGGAAUCCCACCAGACCAGCAGCGUCUGAUCUUCGCCGGCAAGCAGCUAGAAGACGGCCGCACACUGUCAGACUACAACAUUCAGAAGGAGUCUACCCUUCACUUAGUGCUGCGGCUCCGUGGUGGCAUGCAGAUUUUUGUCAAGACGCUCACCGGGAAAACCAUCACGCUCGAAGUCGAGCCGAGCGACACUAUCGAAAAUGUCAAGGCGAAAAUUCAGGACAAGGAAGGCAUCCCUCCCGAUCAGCAGCGUCUCAUAUUCGCCGGAAAACAGCUCGAGGACGGCCGCACACUGUCCGACUACAACAUCCAGAAGGAGUCCACCCUUCAUCUCGUCUUGCGACUCCGCGGUGGUAUGCAAAUUUUUGUCAAGACUCUGACGGGCAAGACUAUCACUCUAGAGGUCGAGCCGAGCGACACUAUUGAGAACGUCAAGGCGAAGAUUCAGGACAAGGAAGGGAUCCCGCCCGAUCAGCAGCGUCUUAUUUUUGCCGGCAAACAGCUUGAAGACGGCCGCACUUUGUCCGACUACAACAUCCAGAAGGAGUCGACGUUGCACUUGGUCCUGCGGCUCCGCGGAGGUAUGCAAAUCUUUGUGAAAACGCUUACCGGCAAGACCAUCACCCUGGAGGUCGAGCCUAGCGACACCAUUGAAAACGUGAAGGCCAAAAUUCAGGACAAAGAGGGCAUUCCUCCGGACCAGCAGCGUCUUAUUUUCGCCGGUAAGCAGCUCGAAGACGGCCGCACCCUCUCCGACUACAACAUUCAAAAGGAGUCGACCCUUCACCUCGUCCUCCGGCUGCGCGGAGGCAUGCAAAUCUUCGUUAAGACCCUCACCGGCAAGACCAUAACCCUGGAGGUCGAGCCCAGCGACACCAUCGAGAACGUGAAGGCAAAGAUCCAAGACAAGGAGGGAAUCCCGCCAGACCAGCAGCGUCUGAUCUUCGCCGGCAAGCAGUUGGAAGACGGCCGCACACUGUCGGACUACAACAUUCAGAAAGAGUCCACCCUUCACUUGGUGCUGAGGCUUCGUGGUGGGAUGCAGAUCUUCGUCAAGACGCUGACAGGCAAGACGAUCACGCUGGAAGUUGAACCCAGCGACACGAUCGAAAACGUGAAAGCCAAGAUCCAAGACAAGGAGGGAAUCCCACCAGACCAGCAGCGUCUGAUCUUCGCCGGCAAGCAGCUAGAAGACGGCCGCACUCUGUCGGACUACAACAUUCAGAAGGAGUCUACCCUUCACUUAGUGCUGCGGCUCCGUGGUGGCAUGCAGAUUUUUGUCAAGACGCUCACUGGGAAAACCAUCACGCUCGAAGUCGAGCCGAGCGACACUAUUGAAAAUGUCAAGGCGAAAAUUCAGGACAAGGAAGGCAUCCCUCCCGAUCAGCAGCGUCUCAUAUUCGCCGGAAAACAGCUCGAGGAUGGGCGCACACUGUCCGACUACAACAUCCAGAAGGAGUCCACCCUUCAUCUCGUCUUGCGACUCCGCGGUGGUAUGCAAAUUUUUGUCAAGACUCUGACGGGCAAGACGAUCACUCUGGAGGUCGAGCCGAGCGACACUAUUGAGAACGUCAAGGCGAAGAUUCAGGACAAGGAAGGGAUCCCGCCCGAUCAGCAGCGUCUCAUUUUUGCCGGCAAACAGCUUGAGGACGGCCGCACUUUGUCCGACUACAACAUCCAGAAGGAGUCGACGUUGCACUUGGUCCUGCGGCUCCGCGGAGGUAUGCAAAUCUUUGUGAAGACACUUACCGGCAAGACCAUCACCCUGGAGGUCGAGCCUAGCGACACCAUUGAAAACGUGAAGGCCAAAAUUCAGGACAAAGAAGGCAUUCCUCCGGACCAGCAGCGUCUUAUUUUCGCCGGUAAGCAGCUCGAAGACGGCCGCACCCUCUCCGACUACAACAUUCAAAAGGAGUCGACCCUUCACCUCGUCCUCCGGCUGCGCGGAGGCAUGCAAAUCUUCGUUAAGACCCUCACCGGCAAGACCAUAACCCUGGAGGUCGAGCCCAGCGACACCAUCGAAAAUGUGAAGGCUAAAAUCCAGGACAAGGAGGGCAUUCCACCAGACCAACAGCGUCUCAUCUUUGCAGGCAAGCAGUUGGAGGACGGCCGCACUCUCUCCGAUUACAACAUUCAGAAGGAAUCGACCCUCCACCUUGUCCUGCGGCUCCGUGGUGGCCAGUAGAACUUUUUUUUUUCUUCCUAGCUGGGCUGGUCCAGUGACUUUUUCAUUGGUGUUGUGUUGACCAGCCUUCGGGCUUUCACACAACGGGACGUGAAGUCUCAAUAAAAUUUUUUUUUGCUGGUUA